AUGGCCUUCAAUGUCAGCGAAGUAAUCAUGAACCAAGAAAGCAUUGUGAAUGUUGGUGGAACAAAGUUAAAGAACGUGAGGAAGUUCCGUUACCUAGGUUAUAUCAUCUCAAACUCAAGUGACAACACGCAGAACCUUGGCUCCAGAAUGGGAUCUGCGUAUGAAAAAUGGAAUGAACUGAAAGAUGUAUUAACAGAUCAUCGUAUUCAUCUGUCCACUAGGAUUAAAUUUCUUAAUGCCUGCGUGAGAUCUAGGCUACUUUACAGCGUCCAGACGUGGGACAUGACUGUGAAGGAAAUUGCAAAAGUGGAGGUGGUCUGGAACGGGUUCCUUCGAAGGAUGGUAAAGGGGGGAUUCAAGCGUCGAAAGGAUGAGCAACAUGACGGUAGUGUGAGCGGUCAGGAGUGGAAGUUUAAAUACUCAAAUGCAGACCUUCUCCUCAUAACCGGGACACAACCCAUCAAGACUUUCUGUUUGAUUCAGCAGCUGAAAUACCUAGCACAUAUUUGCAGAAUGAGCAAUACAGACUUACGGAAGCAAGUGCUUUUCGAAGAACGGUCUGGGAAGUGGGUGAAACUUGAGAGGCUGUUGGGCAUCGAUGCCCAACAACUGAGACGAAUGAUGAUGGACAGAGGGAACUUUACGCGAUUCAUCGAAGAGAUGAYCGCACCCUAA